AUGCUCGAAUGUCAAGAUCAAGGCAUGCCUAUCGAUUCAGGACUCCUACGCUCUAUCCAGUGUCUUGCCUUAGCAGAAUGGAUAUGUCAACGUUAUGACGCUGCAACAAUACAUGUGCAAGCAGCGAAGAAGCUGUUCCCGCUGGCUAAUUUCGGCCACCCAUCCGAUGCGUUCGCAAGAGAAGGAAUCGUGAACAUUGAUAACCUGAUAUGUAUCGAGACUGGCCGGUUGCCUGAAUUUCCCGUCAUGUACGAUCCCGGACCACUGAAGAGGUCCAGGAUGGCACUUAUCAGAGAGGAAGUCGGCGCCUUUGCGGCUGGCCAGAUGCCUCCACGACGUUGGCUUGCACUCUGGGAUCCGGUUUCGAGCGAGGACUCGCUUGCAGACGCGGUUCAUCCAUUAUUGGCACCUGUCCUUCGAGACAUUCUUGAUGUGCUUACUGUGGCGAAAUGUGUGUGGCGCACCCCGAAUGCAACCAAGCGAGAUGCAGAUUGGAUGUGCAAACGUGCCCGAGCACUGGUUCAUCGGCUGCUUUUGUUGCCCGCUAAUCCAUUCUUCGGCCACAAAACUAUCAGCGCCCGGAAAGCCGAAGUAUUGAGGAUUGCGCUUCUGCUUAUCCUCAUACGCUGCACGAAUAGGGUGGCUUUUCGCUCGGCUCGGCCGAAUAUGCGUCGUCUGCAGCACGCAUUGAACGCGAUCGACAAGGAUUGGUCCUCCAAGACGACCUCCUUGGGCACAGAAGCCGAGAUGACAGGUAGCUUCCAGUCACAACCCCAACCUCCAGCCUCGCCAUUUUCGUCUUACUGGUCAAGCCCGCUGAACGAACCAUUGGGACAGCCUUUACGAAAUCUACACUCAAAACAAUACAACGAGAAUGCUCUCCUCCUCUGGGCCUUGAUGACCGGCCACUUCAACGCACAGGGGGAGCCGGAAGAAUCAUGGUUUCUCGAGCGGGCGCCAUACGUUGCUGAAACACAUCUCGGGAUACAUGAUUACGACGGCCUUGACGACUUCAUGAGCCAGUACUUCUAUUCCAGGACGCGGCAGCAGCACAGCCUGACGAUCGUGGCGUUGCAUUUGUCCUAG